AUGGCGCAGAGGGAAGUAGUUCAACUUUACGAGGAAGUUGGCAAGCCUGAGGAACUUAACGACACUCUGGUUCGUAAAACUGAUGAUGGUGUGGAUAUUGCCGAUGUCGUCUCUGACAGUUUCAAUUUUUCUGGUGCCACUCGAUUCCUGAAAGAGCCACCCGUAGCUAACUGCUCAGAGUUUGGCUUUGAGUGCAAAAAUCACAAAGAGAAAAUCGCCACUCGGCAGCGUUGUGAUGGUAUCAAACAAUGCUCUGACGGGAGCGAUGAGGAAUUUUGCCAAGAAUGUUUGACCUCAUUCAGCUGCCCGGCUUUGCGAGGCGGUAAAAUGUGUUUUCGCGGUGAUAAACUUUGUGACGGUGUGAAGGACUGCGACUCUGCCUUAGACGAGAGCAACCUUUACUGCAAAAGCGAAUGUCAGGAAGGUUUGGAAUAUAAAUGCAAAGGAACCGGCAGGUGCAUACCCUUUAGCUGGGUAUGCGAUGGAGAUCCUCACUGCCCUGAGGAAGACGAUGAGCUGCAGUGCAGCUCAGCUGCAAGUUGCAGUAACAAUGCGCACUGGUGCGCCGCGGACAAGCGUUGCAUUCCAGAAUGGGCUUGGUGUGAUGGAGUGAACAACUGUAGUGACGGUUCGGACGAGGCGGAGUGCUCAUGUCUUGAAUGCUCAGGGAAAAGUGUUGCCUUGUGCACCGCCCCUCGAGGAACAUGCAUCCUGAGGUCGAAAUUGUGCAACGGCGAAGCUGACUGUCCAAAUGAGGAGGAUGAAAGAAAUUGUCCCGGGUGGUGCGAAGCAGCCGACGUUCCCAAAGUGAUGUGCAUCGAUGGGAACAGUUACCCGAAAAAAUACGCCUGUUCUGGUUUGGUUGCAGCGUGUCAAAACAGCUGUGCUGCGUGCGACCCGGAAGUGGCGUUCCAGUGUGGCACGACAAACACAUGCAUCAGUCGUCAUAAGGUUUGCGACGGACUAACCCACUGUCUAGAUGGAUCGGAUGAAAGUAAAGAAUUAUGUGAGUGCGUCGAGGGCGACAGCUUCCUUUGUCCAGGCCUGCAGGCAAAGUGCAUACCGAAGAAGUUCCAGUGCGAUGGCUUUCAUGACUGCAUCAACGGCGAAGAUGAGGAGAACUGCUCUUCGUGUUACAACAACGAACGCGCUUUCUACUGCAACGUCACACGCACUUGCUACCCGAGUCUAAGCCGCUGUAACGGCAUCGUCGAGUGCGAAGACUACAGCGACGAGGACAACUGUGCGUGUGAAGAAUGCAAAUAUCAGCUGAACUAUAACACGUUUAUGUGCCAAGAAAAGAAUCGAUGCCUGUCUCGCGAGUACGUCUGUAACCCGAAGUCACCGUACAACUGCCCUGGAAGUGAUCCUGAGGACGAAAGAUACUGCUACAAAAGUUCGGCGACGGUAGUGGAUUCGUAA